CAUCACCAUCCUUUUAUUUUAUUGUGGACUUGAAAACGUUAAAUAAUUAGUGACUUUUAUAUGUUCCUUCAGAAAUAUGAAGACUCCGUAUCGUCUAUGCGUCUUUCUACCUGUCAUCAGACUCCUUCAUAGCACACCUGUCUCACGGGUGCUGAGAACCGACUGCAGGCACGGAGGAGUGUCAACAAAACCGUUUUAUAUAGGAACGACCCACUUACAGUGUAUGCUGAAAACUGGUAUAAACAUGGCACUAAGUCCCCCCUUAAACGGAAGAAAACGAAGAGCUCUUCAAGUUCCGGAGAUAGAUAUGUCACAUUCUUAUCUGUCAUACGAAAACGUGCUACUGGAAUUUGGACUCAAUGGUACGCGGAUCGAGUACCAGGGUUAUCCUAUGUUUUCUGAGAGUUGUCCGUCGGCAUAUUUGCCUGUUCCAGCUGGGUUCUCUUAUCUUUCUGUUGACUGCAUAGUCAAGUGUGCAAAGAAUUAUCAUAUACAAUUUGGAAAUUACAAAAUCUUCAGCAAUAACUGUAAUACAUUCACCAAUAUAAUGUCGACCAUUUUGUGCCAUGAAAUCCGCUGUCCUUACUGGUGUAGAUAAUAAAGCUAAUUUGUGUUUCUCUCGAAUGAAUAAA